AACAAUAUUUAAAGUUUAAAAUGGAUUUUAAAUGAGAAUUAACAACCAGAUGAGCACAAGCCUUUUUUCAGGUUCAAUCCAAACAAAAAAUGCAACAAGUAUUUUUACAGAAUUACAAAAAAUAACACUAAAAACAAUCAAAAGUAAAUAUCAAUGAAUCUUAAUCACUAUCUUAGUUUUGUUUAUUUUAGUGAUUUUUUUUUUCUCGUAUAAAUUACUUUAUUUAUUGUGAUGCAGUUAAAUACUUUAUUCGAACCGUUUUUAGUAAGCCUGUUAAUUAAUUUGAUUCUUGACUGUCGGGGAAAAGAAAAUGUGUUCGUAAAACUUAAUGCGUUUUGGUUUCUUCGAACCAUCUUUGGAAAUCCUGCUUUUAUUGUGAAAGCAGCGGAAGUUCUUCAGUUCUGUUUCCGCUCGCGGCGCGUUGACAUUUCCUCGGAAAGAGCGGGACAGCAGGGAGCGGAGGAGCGCGUCAGUCCGGCUCAUAUGUACACAUUUACGUUUAGAUUCAUUCGGGGCUGAUAGCAUGUCCUCUCGACGUAUCGCCGGGAUUUUUAUCACCGUUUUCUUGGCUCCACAUGCUGUGUCGCGUCUGCACCCCGAGUGCGAGUUCAUCUUCCAGCUGGAGAGAGAGGAGCGCCGCUGCCUUCAGUACGUCGCCGAGCAGGGAAACAGAAGCUCCGAAGGUUGCUGGCCUUUCUGGGAUGCGGUGGCCUGCUGGCCUCGAGCGGUCGCCGGGGAAACUGUCCAGAGAGCUUGUCCUGCCGUCUUCUCGCUCUUCAAAAACAACACGGGGUCAGUGAGCCGGAACUGCACAGGCGGAGGCUGGUCGAGGCCUUUCCCACCAUACCACGUUGCCUGCAGUGUGGAUGAUGACAUUCCUGAGUCGGAGGAGCUGUACUUCACCACCGUGAAGAUGAUCUACACCGUCGGCUACGGCGUCUCCCUGGUGGUGCUGACGGCGGCGGUGCUGACCCUGCUGUUCUUCAGGAGACUGCGGUGUGCCAGGAACUUCAUUCACAUCCAGCUCUUUGGGACUUUUAUUUUGAAGUCUGUUGCGGUGUUCAUAAAGGACGCCACUCUCUUCUCGAGUGAUGAGACCAACCACUGCACCCUCUCCACAUUCGCCUGUAAGACCUCGGUGGUCUUCUGUCACUACUGCGUUAUGGCAAAUUUCUUUUGGCUCCUGGUGGAGGCGCUAUACCUCAACUCCCUGCUACUCUCCUCUUUCUAUCACAGCCGCCGAUGCCUCUGGGGCUUCAGUCUGCUGGGAUGGGGUGUUCCUGUGCUCUUCAUAGUCCUGUGGAUGAUUUCCAGGGCUUAUUUCGAGGACACAGAAUGUUGGGACAUCAACGAGGACUCGCCCUACUGGUGGAUCAUCAAAGGACCGAUCGUCGUCUCUAUAGCGGUGAAUUUCAUGCUCUUCAUAAAUAUAAUCAGAAUCCUGAUCCAGAAGCUCAAUCCUCGCCUGAUCCAGUUCAACAACUCCUCCCAGUACAGACGCCUGGCCAAGUCCACCCUCCUGCUCAUCCCUUUGUUUGGAACCCACUACAUGUUCUUCAACUUCCUGCCCGACUACUUCAACGUGAACCUGCGCCUCUGCAUCGAGCUCUGCAUCGGCUCCUUCCAGGGUCUUCUUGUUGCCGUUCUCUACUGUUUCCUCAAUCAGGAGGUGCAGAAAGAGCUCCACAUGCAGUGGCUGAGGUGGCGAGAGAGGAGUUAUGGGGUGGUCUCACCUGCUGCAAAGGGCAGCCAGAUGGACACGCCCUUCUAACACCUUCAUGGAGGGCUGGACCUGCCCACGGGACUCGUUCUGCACACAGCGCGCUUUCACAAGCCGGUCCUCGUCUGCAUCCCUGAAGUGUUUGGGUGUAAGUCAUUCUUCACAGGCUGUUUCAUGACUGCACUCCGUCAACCAGGAAGGAGCCACAGAGCCCAGGAGAGUCAUCACCCAAAUCUCUUGACAUUUAUACACACUGACACCGUCGAUUCAGCAGCUCCUGCCAAUUCUCAUAAGCAUCACCCAAACAAACACAAUGGCUCAUAAAAGGUCAGCUUCCAGACUCUCUCUUUGCCGUCACACAUCAAAUCCAUGAACUGUAAUCUUGCAUUUGCAUUUUUAUGUAUACACUGGAUAUGUUCUCGAGAGCAUCUCCACUGAGAUAUUAGAGCAUGAUGGGACUGUGGAUCGGAACCUUCUCACCACAAAAGACCGUGUUUUUACACAAAAGAUUGUUUAGUGACUUCUUCUUUAAACAUUUGUUAGCAUCUUCUUGUGCUCACUUAUUUAUUUAUUGAAACUGUUAUUUAAUCUUUAAAAAAAGUAUGUUUAAAGUUUGUAUUCAUGUAGUGUGUAGAUUAAAGCAGAUUUGAUGUUC